GCUUCAUGGAGACAAACACACUUUAGGUCUACUGCACGUUCAUUUCUUCCUCACUUUCUACCAGACAAUUUUUACUUGCACAUGCUUGCCAUCUGUGAUCUGGAUAAAUUGAGUGAAAACAAUUUUUUUAUGGAAGUAAUGUCCUAGGGGACCGAGAACCUGCAAGUCUGGUCAAGUUUGCUAAAUAUUGCGAAAUCUAGGCUACUUCCUGGGAAUGUAUUUUUGUCUCUCUCUCUUGUUGUGAAAGGUGUGUCUACUUGUGAAAUAUUUGUUCGUUGUAUGUCCCAUCUCAGCAAAACAUUUUCUAACUGACAUUAUAGGCCUAUGCCCAGAGCUUCUAAAAGAGAAAGAAAAAAUGUUAAACCAAAGCAGGAUUCUUAUAAAAGGAGGGAAAAUUGUGAACGAGGAAUGCUCCAUUAUCAGUGAUGUCUACAUUGAAGACGGACAAAUUAAAGAAGUCGGAUUAAACCUCCAAAUCCCGGUCGGAGUUACCGUUAUAGAUGCCACUGAUAAACUGGUGAUACCGGGUGGUAUCGAUACCCAUACCCACAUGGAGUUGGCGUUUAUGGGCACCAAAGCAGUAGAUGAUUUCCAUAUUGGAACUAAGGCUGCCUUGGCAGGAGGGACCACCAUGAUCCUAGACUUUGUGAUCCCCCAGAGAGGCACGUCCCUGCUGGAGGCCUAUGAUAGGUGGAGGGACACGGCUGACGCCAAGGUCUGCUGUGACUACUCCCUCCAUGUGGCCGUCACAUGGUGGAGCGACAAGGUCAAGAAGGAAAUGGAGACUUUGGCCAAAGAGAAAGGUGUCAACUCCUUCAAGAUGUUCAUGGCAUACAAGGAUGUGUUCAUGCUUCAAGACCAUGAGCUGUAUGCUGCGUUUUCCCAAUGCAAAGAGAUUGGAGCUAUAGCCCAGGUGCACGCAGAGAAUGGAGACCUUAUUGCAGAGGGGGCUAAGAAGAUGCUGUCCCUGGGCAUCACAGGUCCGGAGGGUCAUGAGUUGUGUCGUCCUGAGGAGGUGGAGGCUGAGGCCACUCAGAGAGCCAUCACCAUCGCCCACGCUGUCAACUGCCCGCUCUAUGUGGUCCAUGUCAUGAGCAAGUCUGCCGCUAAGGUAGUGUCCAACGCACGCAGAGAUGGCCGUGUGGUGUUUGGUGAGCCCAUAGCAGCAGGACUGGGUACAGAUGGCACCCACUACUGGCACAAAGACUGGGCCCACGCUGCCAAGUUCGUCAUGGGCCCACCUCUGAGGCCCGACCCCAGCACCCCGGGAUACCUCAUGGACCUACUGGCAAAGUAUGUGGAGCCUUAGCCAAUAUCAACCUGAUCUCACUGUUCCUCUUCUGCCCUUUCACUGAGUAAAGCACAUUAGGUUACACCUUCCGUGCAUCCACUGUCACAUAAGUGCUCCAUAACACUGUCAUAACAAUGACAUAACAGAUGUUAUA